AUGACCCAGACCCUCAACAAAAGGGAGGACCCUCUCAACCUGGGCGGCGGCUGGGCGUCCUCCGCCCCCUUACGUACCUGGUCUACCUGCCACCGAAGGCGCAGGGGCACUCCGAUACACAACAGGCGCCACCGCUAUGGUCCCAAGUCCGAGUAUGAGCUCCCCAGGAAACAGCCGAAGCAACAGCACGGUCCGGGCCCUUGGUUCCAACCACCCCGACGGCCCUCUUGGGCCGUGUACUCUAACUGGGGGGGCUGCGGAGGGCCCUGGCACCCACCUCCAGCUGGAUUCUGGAAGCCUCCAGGCCAAGUGCAAGUGAUCCGGGUGUUUGGUGUGCACCCGUUCUGCCUCUGCUGCUGCCCCUGCUGGCGAGGGCCCUGGAACCCCGGCUGGGCGAGGCCGCCCGGCAGGAAGAAGCGCUGGGGCCGCAGGGGCCGCGGCCUGCGCCGCCACCCUCGCCGCUCGCCGAGGGGCCCGCCGGUGGAUCUGAGCACGCUGCUACGGCCAGUCAACCUGUACGGGUGGCGGGCGCCGGGCAUGCGGGCGCCGCGCAACACCACGCAGUUCAUCAUGAACCAGAUCUACGAGGACAUGCGGCAGCAAGAGAAGCUGGAGCGCCAGCAGGAGGCGCUGCGGGCGCAGCAGGCCCAGGCGCGCGGCGCGGCCUCCCCCGAGGGCUCCUCCGGGGACGACGCGCCCCCCAGCGGCGGCGAGAAAGACGCGGAGCUGCAGGAAACCUCGUACAGCUUCAUGCAGAAUCCCUCUCUGAUCACGAAGAAAGAGGCAACUGCUUCAAAUGCACGUCUUCUUGGUGGGCAGCCAACUGCUGUCGAAGCAUGA